UCUACCCAUACCGCGCUCGCCGGCUUGAGUUGGAAAGCGGGCGGGACUUCCGGGCCGGUUGAAGCCCUUUCCUCGGACAUGACGACAUAGUGUCAACAUGCAAGAUGGCGGCGCAUCACCGACAGAACACGGCGGGGCGGCGGAAAGUGCAGGUCUCCUAUGUAAUUAGAGAUGAAGUGGAGAAGUACAAUCGGAACGGCGUAAAUGCACUGCAGCUGGAUCCAGCAUUAAACAGACUCUUUACAGCAGGCCGUGACUCCAUUAUCAGGAUAUGGAGUGUCAACCAGCACAAGCAAGACCCUUAUAUAGCAUCUAUGGAACAUCACACAGACUGGGUGAAUGACAUUGUACUCUGCUGCAAUGGCAAAACUUUAAUAUCUGCUUCUUCCGACACUACUGUUAAAGUAUGGAAUGCACACAAGGGAUUUUGCAUGUCCACACUAAGGACGCAUAAGGAUUAUGUGAAAGCCUUGGCAUACGCAAAAGAUAAAGAGCUGGUUGCGUCUGCUGGCCUGGACAGACAGAUAUUCCUCUGGGAUGUAAAUACGCUAACAGCACUGACUGCCUCAAAUAACACUGUCACAACUUCGUCUCUCAGUGGGAACAAAGAUUCUAUCUACAGCCUUGCCAUGAAUCAGAUGGGAACAGUAAUCGUAUCAGGGUCCACUGAAAAGGUUUUAAGGGUUUGGGAUCCCAGAACCUGUGCGAAGCUUAUGAAACUUAAAGGGCACACAGACAACGUUAAAGCUUUGCUGUUGAAUAGAGAUGGCACGCAGUGUCUUUCUGGCAGUUCUGACGGGACCAUUAGGCUCUGGUCUCUUGGUCAGCAGAGGUGCAUAGCUACCUACAGAGUCCAUGACGAAGGGGUUUGGGCCCUGCAGGUCAACGAAGCCUUCACUCAUGUUUAUUCGGGUGGAAGAGACCGAAAGAUAUAUUGUACAGAUUUACGGAAUCCUGAUAACCGGGUGUUGAUCUGUGAAGAAAAGGCACCAGUUCUUAAGAUGGAACUCGAUCGAUCAGCAGAUCCUCCUCCAGCGCUUUGGGUUGCCACGACUAAAUCGUCCGUGAACAAAUGGACUUUGAAGGGAAUUCACAACUUCAGGGCUUCCGGGGACUAUGACAACGACUGCACGAAUCCAAUUACACCCCUCUGCACACAGCCUGACCAAGUCAUUAAAGGGGGGGCUAGCAUUAUUCAGUGCCACAUUCUCAAUGACAAGAGACACAUAUUAACCAAAGAUACGAAUAACAAUGUGGCAUACUGGGAUGUGUUGAAGGCUUGUAAAGUAGAAGACCUUGGGAAAGUGGACUUUGAGGAAGAGAUUAAAAAAAGGUUUAAAAUGGUGUACGUGCCAAACUGGUUUUCCGUAGACCUGAAAACCGGGAUGUUGACGAUUACUUUAGACGAGAGCGACUGCUUUGCAGCUUGGGUCUCAGCAAAGGAUGCUGGGUUCAGCUGUCCGGAUGGAUCUGAUCCUAAAUUGAACCUGGGAGGGCUUUUGCUGCAGGCGCUCUUGGAAUAUUGGCCCAGAACACACAUCAAUCCGAUGGAUGAAGAAGAAAACGAAAUGAACCACGUGAACGGCGAGCAGGAGAACAGAGUGCAGAAAGGGAAUGGAUACUUCCAAGUGCCACCCCACACCCCUGUUAUCUUUGGUGAAGCUGGAGGGCGCACUUUGUUCAGGUUAUUAUGUCGGGACUCCGGAGGUGAAACAGAAUCCAUGCUCCUUAAUGAAACCGUGCCACAAUGGGUAAUUGACAUCACUGUGGAUAAAAAUAUGCCAAAAUUCAAUAAGAUUCCCUUCUACCUCCAACCUCACUCAUCCUCCGGGGCAAAAACUUUAAAGAAGGAUCGACUGUCGGCCAGUGACAUGUUGCAAGUCAGGAAGGUGAUGGAGCACGUCUACGAAAAAAUAAUCAACCUGGACAAUGAAUCGCAGACCACCAGUUCUUCCAACAACGAAAAAGCCGGGGAACAAGAGAAAGAAGAGGACAUUGCGGUUUUAGCCGAAGAGAAGAUUGAACUCUUGUGUCAGGACCAGGUUUUGGAUCCAAACAUGGACCUUCGAACCGUCAAGCACUUCAUAUGGAAGAGCGGCGGCGACUUGACCCUUCACUACCGCCAGAAGUCAACGUGAGGGCCGAGCAGCAGGCCCAGCUGGCGGUCAGCCUCCCAGACCUUCCCGUUCCAGUUGCAGCUGUAGUGCUCUAAGCAGCCCACUGAAACCCCUAAGGUAGAUCUGACACUUCUAAUUGCCUCAGUGCGGACAGAGUCUACGUUGAACUGAAGUGACUAAUAAAUCUGUAAUAUAGACGAAUCUCUGUGACCUAAACUAAAAUUCUGUCCCGAUCAAGGUGCAAGUGAGAGUGUCUGGCGAAAGCCCGUAAGUGGUUCGUGUUAUGAGGUGUACAGAGACCAGGCGAUCCAGUGCAGACGUUUGCUUCCAUCUUCUGUGGGGCUUUUGACUUCUCUUUUUUAUUUCCAAGCUCCACCCCUUCGUCCGCUCCAGCUUGAUAUGAGAAAAACGCUGUCCUGCCCCUGCUCGUCAUCUGUUCCCAAUAUAAACCCCUGCAUGUGCUGGACCUCAUCCAUACAUUCCAUGUACACUGAAUAUCCUCCUCCUCGAAGCAAUCCGGGCCCUUUUCUCUAGGCGAAAGAUCCGUUGUCCAGGGGAGCACAACCGCCUUCGCCCGGCAAGCUAAAGGCUACUUACAGAGGCCCUUUAGCCUUGUCGAUACUGUGAGCUUGUAAGAAACUCGUCUGCUGUUCAAAGUUGAUCAAAGUAGUUGGUGUGAUGACAGGGUCCGUGCAAUGGUGCGGCGCAUCAUGGUGGAAGAUUUCGACACCUUUAAUCAGAUUUUUUUAAAAGCAAGCGUGGCUUCAGUAACUGUCCAUUUUCCCCCCCUUCAAGGUGUCUUUGCUAGUCACAAUUCUAAGUAAUUGGGCUCUGUUUUUUAUAUUUUUUUCUGGAUUUUUUUUUUUGUAGGCUGUAUACGACUUAGCUUUUUUUUUCCCACUGCUUCUAAGGCAUUUUACAGCUUUUUCCCCCCACACUCUCAGGAUAGAUAAUUUAACUUAUUUGGAGGCCGGGGAGGGGCUAGUUCCUUGUUUGGGCAAGAAACCAUAAAUUGCAGUAGGAAAAAAAGGUUUGACUGGAACACAGAUAUCCCGAUGACAAAAUUUUAAGGAAUUGGUCCGUGUUGGAUACAGAAGCACAAGUGCCUUUCAGGGGCAAGAAAGGGAGGCAGCCUAAGAUGAGUAUUCUUCCCUUUCUUGUAUUGGGGCACCCAGGAUGUAAGCAGUGGCCCCAGGUACAUCUUAAUUCCUGUAGGAAUGAAGUGAGUGUUUGGAGGGUAGCAAGGGUCCAGACAAAAAUGUUAGCUUUGUGGAACGGGAGCAACCUGGCACUGGGUUGAUGGAAGGGCGUGGUCAUUUGCACGGGCCUUUGCCCUGCCCUACAAGCUGGCAGUGCCAGUGUGUGUGUCCAGAAAUGGGAGCCACUCCAAAUCAUGAGAAAAGGACGCAUCCCGAAGUUCGUAGGAGGCUAGAGAUCGUUCCAAAAACAACAGAGGCCUUUGCAUCUUUCUGCUUUUAUCAUUCAAAUAUGUUUUUCUCUUUUGUGGGGGAAAGAGUUGGUUCUCUCCCCAUUCUGAAUAAACUACAGGCCCCCUGCCCUGGCCCGGAGAGCAACCAUAUCGCCGCCUACCCUCCUCAUGCUUACUUGCGUUUCCAGAGGAUAUCAAAGCGGCGGCUGUGCUGUUGAAGACACAGCACGGAUUUGCCCUCCCUCAUUAACAAGUUUUCAAAAUCUGGGGAUUGGAAGGAGGCUAGAAUGCAUCUUUUCCAUCUUGUACCUAAUUCCACUAGUAAAUCCUAUUUGUGUAUAGAAGAACCUCAGUCACACUUAAACCAAGUGUGUGAUUUCAUUGGCUUAACCCACCUGUACAUCUUUCUCGGUUGUCUUUAUCAAUGGAGGGGAAGGGACAUUUGUGCUUUGUUCUUAUAGAUACCAGAUCAGGAUUUCUUGCUGUCCUUACAUAUUCAUUGAAAGUAACUCUCCUGCUUUUCCUCUUACCCCCCCCCCCCCCCCCCCCCCGCCCCAUCUCCUCCCGUUUUGGUUUUAAAAAUCAGCCAAGGUUCUGAACUUGUUUCUACAAUCCCAGCUGUGUAGUUUCUGGAAAGAUUGACAGAGGAUCUGUAAUGCCAAAAGGAUGAAUAUGUAUUUCACAAUUGUAUAGAAUAAAAAAAAAUCUUUAGCUAA